GGUGGAGAUGUCGAUGUAUAUAUAAGUCAGGAGGAAGCCAGACCAAGUGGAGCUUCGGCUAGGUCAUGCCAGGUGCCAGUCCACCGCCAGGCGUGGGCACGGGCCAUCUGCUGGGAGGCUGAGGAGGCUCCUGGGAGGAUUGGCAGUCUGCAGAGGUGGGUGUGAGACGGGCCAGGAGCAGAGUCAGCACACACAUCUGGAGGCAGAAUGUCAGGCAAAGAGGGCAAAGGUUUGGUAACGGAUCCAGGAUCGGAGCCCACACAAGGAAAAUCUGGAAGCUACAGAAAAAUGCUGAAAAGUCAAUAAAAAGCACAGGGCACACACCGGUGCUGGUAGGGGAGGGGCUGUGGGGCCUCAGGAGCUGGGACUGAAGCCACCAUGCAGCUGCUGUGAGGAGGGCAGAUCAGAUCGCCUGUCAGGGCCUCGAGUUCCUCAUCCUUACAAGGGACCCCUUCUUGGACACACUGCAGCGGCUGCGGGAGGCCUUCAGCUCGGGGCGCACGCGGCCGGCUGAGUUCCGGGCCGCCCAGCUGGAGGGCCUGAGCCGCUUCCUGCAAGAGAACAAGGAGCUUCUACAGGAGGCACUGGCCCAGGACCUGCACAAGUCGGCCUUUGACGGGUUCGUGUCCGAGCUCCUCCUCUGCCAGAACGAAGUCGACCUGGCUCUGAGGAACCUGCACACCUGGAUGAAGGACGAGCCAGCGGCCAGGAACCUGGUCACGCAGCUGGACUCGGCCUUCAUCCGCAAGGAGCCCUUCGGCCUGGUGCUCAUCAUUGCCCCCUGGAACUACCCCCUGAACCUGACCCUGACGCCUCUGGUGGGCGCCCUUGCUGCAGGGAACUGCGUGGUGUUGAAGCCCUCGGAGAUCAGCAAGAGCACUGAGAAGGUCCUGGCGGAGGUGUUGCCCCAAUAUCUGGACAAGAGCUGCUUCGCCGUGGUGCUGGGCGGGCCCGAGGAGACAGGGCAGCUGCUGGAGCACAAGUUCAACUACAUCCUCUUCACGGGGAGCCCCCGAGUCGGCAAGAUCGUCAUGGCAGCUGCCGCCAAGCACCUGACGCCCGUCACACUGGAGCUGGGGGGCAAGAACCCCUGCUAUGUGGACGACAACUGCGACCCCCAGACCGUGGCCAACCGCGUGGCCUUCUUCCGCUAUUUCAACACCGGCCAGACCUGCGUGGCCCCCGACUACGUCCUGUGCAGCCCCGAAAUGCAGGCGCGGCUGCUGCCUGCCCUGCAGAGCGCCAUCACCCGUUUCUAUGGCGAAGACCCCCAGAGCUCCCCAGACCUGGGCCGCAUCAUCAACGAGAAGAAUUUCCAGCGGCUCCGGGGCCUGCUGAGCUGUGGCCGCGUGGCCAUCGGGGGCCAGAGUGAUGAAAGCGAUCGCUACAUCGCCCCCACGGUGCUGGUGGACGUGCAGGAGACGGAGCCAGUGAUGCAGGAGGAGAUCUUCGGGCCCAUCCUGCCGAUCGUGAACGUGAGGAGCCUGGACGAGGCCAUCGCCUUCAUCACCCGCCGGGAGAAGCCCCUGGCCCUGUACGCCUUCUCCAACAGCAGCCAGGUAGUGAACCAGAUGCUGGCCCAGACCAGCAGCGGCACCUUCAGCGGAAACGACGGCUUUACCUUCAUGACUCUGCCGUCCCUGCCACUAGGGGGAGUCGGCAACAGUGGGAUGGGAAGAUACCACGGCAAGUUCUCCUUUGACACCUUCAGCCAUCACCGCGCCUGCCUGCUCUCCUACUCGGGCUUGGAGAAACUCAAGGACAUCCGCUACCCGCCCUAUUCUGCCUACAAAGAGCAGCUGCUCAGCUGGGCCUUGGGCAGCCAGAGCUGCACCCUUCUACCCCCAGCUGGGCAGGACCUCUGGGCCACUGGACCAGCCCCUUUCAGGGCCAAAGUCUCCUCUGCAGCCUCCUGACAGAUUUGUUGACCCUUCGCUUGAACGUAUCUGGUGGCAGAGAACUCACCCCCAAGUUUGAGCAGUUCUGGUGACUACAAAGAAUUCUCUCAUGUCAGAUCUAUAAACUGGCUCCCCAAAUACAGAGUGAUUUCUAACAGCUCCAGUCACACCUGACCCGAAGUGAUCUGAUCUUGAACCCAGAUCUGGCCAAUCAGUGGUGUCUACCUGAAGUGUGUUAUUUACAAAGACUCUGAGGAUGUAUGCGGAAUCUAUAGGGAGGAGUGCAAUGGUUGAUUACCGAUGUCUGCUAUGGGCACAGGAUGGGGUUGUGCACACACUGGCCUCAUCUGUCAUUCCUGCUCUAAUCUCCUAGAAGGAGGUCAGGGUGGGCAGGAUCUAAAUCUGGUCUCUUCACGUGCACACCAGUGUUCAUUGCAGCACUAUUUACAAUAGCCAGGACAUGGAAGCAACCUAAAUGUCCAUCAACAGAUGAAUGGAUAAAGAAGAUAGGGUACACAUAUACAAUGGACUAUUACUCAGCUGUAAAAAGGAACGAAAUUGGGACAUUUGUAGAGACAUGGAUGGACGUAGAGACUGUCAUACAGAGUGAAGUGAGUCAGAAAGAAAAACAAAUAUCGUAUAUUAACACAUAUAUGAGGAAUACAGAAAAAUGGUACAAAUUAACCGGUUUGCAAAGCAGAAAUAGAGACACAGAUGUAGAGACAAAACAUAUGGACACCAAGUGGAGAAAGUGGGGGGUGGGGGUGGGGGAAUGAAUUAGGAGAUUGGGAUUGCCAUAUAUACAUUACUAAUAAGAAAAAAAUAUCAAAUUGUACACUUUAAAUAUAUGCAGUUUAUUGUAUGUCAAUUGUAUCUCAA